AUGAUAUUGGACAAGCAGAAAAAGUAAAUAUAUAUUUAAAAUCUGGAAUUCAAACAAUUAGUUAAAUAGAUUAAAUAUUAUUGCAAACAUAAUAAUUCUUUAAAAAAUGUUAAUAAAAUUAAGGAUUGGAUGAAACAAUAGAAAAAUAUAAAGCUAUUUCUUUUAAAUAGAGGUAAGAAGGAGUAUUUAGAAAGCAUCUAAGAGGAAGAGAUUACAAAAAAAUAACCAUAAUUUGGGUAAUCUAAUUAUGAUUAGAAAAUUAAUUUGAAGUCAGAAUACCUUAAUAAAACAGAAAAUUAUUAAAACUAGAUUUAAAUAUCAUUCAUCAAUUAUACCCUUUUAUGAAUU